CCGCCGCCAGCGUAUCCGUGCCGGAGUCGAGGAGACCCGGGCCGCCGCCCCGACACCCCUCCUUCCCACCGCCGGCCGCCCGCGUCCUCGGACUUGUCCCAACAAUCUAUUAAAACAUGGUGGAUUACUAUGAAGUUCUAGGUCUGCAGAGACAUGCUUCACCUGAGGAUAUUAAAAAAGCGUACCGGAAGCUGGCACUGAAGUGGCACCCAGAUAAAAAUCCUGAGAAUAAAGAAGAAGCAGAGAGGAAAUUCAAGCAAGUUGCCGAGGCAUAUGAGGUGUUAUCAGAUGCUAAAAAGCGGGACAUCUAUGACAGAUAUGGCAAAGAAGGAUUAAAUGGUGGAGGAGGAGGUGGAAGUCAUUUGGACAAUCCAUUUGAGUUUGGCUUCACAUUCCGGAACCCAGAUGAUAUCUUCAGGGAAUUUUUUGGUGGAAGAGACCCAUUUGCAUUCGACUUCUUUGGGCUCGAGGAGGUGACCAGUGAGGACUUGGAGCCUAGUGAAGAGCUAGACCUGCCCAGCUUUGAGGAGACAGUGGAAGACGCCCCAAGUGAGGCGAGCAGUGAGGUUUUGGAUGUGAUAUCCAGCGAGGAACUGGACCUCUUUAGUGAAGAUGAGCCCAGUGAAGGCUGUAGCCGGGGUCAGGGCGAGCUUCUCAGUGAGGAGCUGGAGCUCGUGUCCAGUGAGGACGAAGCCAGCCCUGGGGCAGCAGAGGAGCUCAGCGAAGAGUGCGAGGAGCUGCCGAAAGACCCAUUUGAGAACUUUUUUGGGAAUCGAAGGGGUCCCCGAGGAAGCAGAAGUCGAGGCACGGGGUCAUUUUUUUCUGCCUUCAGUGGAUUUCCAUCUUUUGGAAGUGGAUUUUCUUCUUUUGACACAGGAUUUACUUCAUUCGGGUCACUAGGUCACGGGGGCUUCACUUCAUUCUCUUCCACAUCGCUUGGUGGGAGUGGGAUGGGCAACGUUAGAUCUAUAUCAACUUCCACUAAAAUAGUUAAUGGCAGAAAGAUCACUACAAAGAGAAUUGUCGAGAAUGGUCAAGAAAGAGUAGAAGUUGAAGAAGAUGGCCAGUUAAAGUCCUUAACGAUAAAUGGUGUGGCAGAUGAAGACGCUCUUGCAGAAGAGUGCCUGCGAAGAGGCCAGCACGCCCUACCGGCCCAGCCAGCCAGUGCCCGCUCGCUGAAGUCGCCCCGUCCCACCUCUCUGCUCAGACACACACCUCACUACAUCCACGAGGAUGACAACGAGCAGGAUGGACCAGGGGUCCCCAGCAGCUGGGAUCCCUUCAUGUCUUCAGCAGGAUUCAAAGAAGGCGGCAAGAGGAAGAAGCAGAAGCAGAGAGAGGAGUUGAAGAAGAAGAAGUCGACCAGGGGGCACCGCUAGCCGGGUGCCAGGUGCACUCUGCCCGGCAGGCGCCGGCACUCGCCGCGCUCAGCACGGGGAUCCGGCCAGCGGCCUCACUCGCUUAGCAGCACAUGCACGCGUGAUCACGGACCGGGCAGAUUGGGGAUGCGGAAGCCGGGGGUUCACAAUCUUGGUGGUGGUGGUAGACACUUGGGACGCGGCCGCGACAUUCUUACCCUGCUUUUCCCCAGCACUAAACCCGUUAGCAUUUUCCCCUUAAAGUUGUUACGGAUCUCUCAUCCUUUUCACCUGCUCGGCCAGUCUACGAACGACUGGCGCACUUAUAGCUGUAGCAGAACCGUAAGGCACAGGCAGGUGUCUGAGUACAAGUUCAUGGCGUGACUCCCUUUCCCGAUGGCGCACACUGUUGGAGAUUAGAAUGGGAUCGGUGUAGCGCAACCCGAAGGUCCCGCCAGUCACAGCCGGCGUUGCGCUGUCAGGUGCUUUUCCUUUAGAAUAGUCUUCAGCACACACAGGAGGCCGCCACGAACCACAUAGAUGUAAAAUCACUUCUUACAUUUACUGUUUUAGUGUCAGUCCUCUCCAGGUGGUCCAAAUUUGACUUCAAAAAUUUUUUUUGAAUUCAAACUUCAGUUUUUGCUAAAUCUCAUCUCUUUUUCUUAGAUCCAUAAUUAUUCUUUCUGGCAAAAAGUUUUCUUUUGCUCAGCAGUACCACCUCUAGCUGUUAUAAGUUAGGGUCGUGCUGGGGAAAAAUAGGCUAGUUAUUUAUAGACACACACAAAACAGUCAGAUACUGAGCAAGCAUGCUGAACUAAAUAUUUCAGUUUGCAAACGUUGGCUCCUUAAAACAUCAUUUUAUUCUGGCUAGAUUCGGCCUCGCUUCCUGUAACUGCUUUAUCUGCAUGAUGUGCUGCUUCCUGGCCUCGUACUUGUCCAGCACUGAGUAGAAUACUGGCUCUGCCUUAACUUCUCUCGCAUGCUCCCUCUCAGUGACUGUUGUCUUCCUUUUAACACCAGCACUUGCUGUUCACACUGCUGUUUCUCUGUCCUCUUAGAAGUGAGCUUUGCAGUGAUUUAUAAAUGCCAGCAGUUUUAAUCUAGCCGUGUUGAAACUGGGAGUUUUUUUUAGCACAAUCCAUGUAGCAGUGCCACGGGCUGGGAGGCCAGGAGCAAGUGUGAUGUGCAACUUUAAAGUGACCACUACGGACGAGUUUGCUUUGUUCACUUGGCUUUGAUGGGGAUGUGGUGUAGACGGUUGGGAGGAGGGUAGACUGGUGUGGAAUGCUUAGUGUGGAAAAUGUAACCCCUAAAUGAAUAAUGUAUUUUAAGUGCUACCUACAUUAAUAAAACGUGUUAUUGAGUAUG